AUGGCUUCUUCAACUCCAGGAUUUAAUUCUCUUGCCUCCUGGGUGGUGUUUUCCUUGCUCCUGUGGACCUUUUCUGAAGGUGGAAAGCUUUUGGUUGUACCUAUUGAUGGCAGCCACUGGCUCAGCAUGCGCCCGGUUGUGGAGCGGCUCAGACAGAGAGGACACGAAAUUGUGGUGGUUGCGCCAGAGAUAAAUUUGCGGAUAGAUUCAUCAGCGCAUUAUACCAUGAAAACAUAUUCUGUGCCUUACACCAAGGAAUAUGUGGAGGAAGAAUUUAAAAAGAUGGGGCACAGAAGUUUCACACCUCAACCCUUCUUGGAAAAAUUCUCAAGAAUGACAAAUAUUAUAACCAUGUUCUUUGAUUCCUGCAAACGUCUUCUGUCUAACAAAGAGCUGAUCGAAUACCUUGAGGAAAGCCAAUUUGAUGCUGUCUUUAUGGAUCCUUUUUUUCCAUGUGGACAGAUAGUGGCCGAACAUCUCUCCCUACCUUCUGUGUACCUUGUACGGGGACUGCCGUGCAGCCUAGACGUCCACGCUACCUUCUGCCCAAAUCCUCCUUCUUACGUUCCUAGGUUCUUCACUCGCUACACGGACCGCAUGACAUUCGUCCAGCGUGCAGGCAAUCUCAUAGCUAGCCUGAGCAGUUCCCUGAUUUGCAGUUUUCUUUAUUCCCUGUAUGAUGGUUUGAUCAAAGAGUUCCUCCAACAAGAGGCAACCCUGCUUGAGCUUCUCAGCCACGCGUCUGUUUGGCUCAUGAAAUACGACUUUGUGUUUGAGUACCCCAGGCCCCUAAUGCCUAAUAUGGUCUUGAUUGGAGGCAUAAGCUGUGCUCAGCAAAACACGUUAUCACAGGAAUUUGAAGCUAUUGUGAAUGCCUCUGGAGAACAUGGCAUUGUUGUCUUCUCGCUGGGCUCCAUGGUCUCUGAGAUUCCUAUGACGAAAGCCAGAGAAAUUGCAGAUGCCUUGGGAUCAGUCCCUCAAACGGUUUUGUGGCGAUACACAGGAGAGGUGCCCCCCAACCUGCCAAAGAAUGUAAAGCUCAUGAAAUGGCUGCCACAGAAUGAUCUUCUAGCUCACCCUAAGACUCGUGCCUUUAUUACCCAUGGAGGCUCACAUGGUGUUUAUGAGGGCAUAUGCAAUGCAGUGCCAAUGGUACUAAUGCCGUUAUUUGGAGACCAGAUGGACAACGCCAAGCGAGUAGAGUCACGGGGAGCAGGACUGACGCUGAAUAUACUUGAAAUGACUUCGAAGGACAUAUCCACUGCCCUGAAAGCUGUCAUUAGUGAGAAAAAGUACAAAGAGAACGUCAAGCGUCUCUCCGACCUUCACCUCGACAGACCCAUCCACCCCCUGGACCUGGCUGUGCACUGGGUGGAGUUUGUAAUGAAACACAAAGGGGCCCCACACCUGCGACCUGCUGCUCACGACCUGAACUGGUUCCAGUACCACUCCCUGGAUGUCAUUGCCUUCCUCCUUGCUGUGGUCCUCUUCUCCCUCUUCAUCUCUCUGAAGUGCUGCCUGUUCUGCUGCCGCAGGUGCUGCUGUAAGAAGGGAAGAACAAGAAAGCCAACCAAAUCAAAGUCACACUAGCAGAUGAAAGCAGUGGUGGGAGAUCAGGUCUCCACUCCAGAGCAGAAGGAUCAGAAAACAUCUCAAAUUUCACUAAAAUAAUUGCUGACUUUCAGUCAAGAUAAUAGCAUUCCUUUUAACUAGCAUCAUGGGACAGGUUGUUGCACUGAUAAAAUUUUUGCAUUAAUUAAGAAUCAGUUGUUAAAAUAAUUUGUACAGGAGUGCUUCAGUCAUUUGGGAAGAUAAUAGUGUGAAGUCCAAGGCUCCUGGCUGCUAUGUCUUGGUGUACAGAGGACUCAUGAUGAUGUUUAUUUUUAAACCUCUAUAUGCAAUGG